UUGUCUAUGAUUAUUAUACAGCAAAAUUUGAGUUGGGAUACGUCGGCUAGUCUUUCUUUGUAAAUAAAUCGUGAAAUAAUUCAACGAAAAUGGUUCUCGAAAGUACAAUGAUAUGUGUGGACAACAGUGAUUACAUGAGAAAUGGAGAUUUCCUUCCAACGAGGCUUCAAGCCCAGCAAGACGCUAUAAACUUGGUAUGUCAUUCCAAAACACGAGCUAAUCCGGAGAACAAUGUAGGUCUACUGACUCUUGCCAAUGUGGAAGUCCUGGCUACAUUAACCAGCGAUGUCGGCCGCAUACUGUCCAAGCUCCACCGUGUCCAGCCCAACGGUGACAUCAACCUAUUGACUGGUAUUAGAAUAGCCCACUUGGCUCUGAAGCAUCGUCAGGGAAAGAAUCAUAAGAUGAGAAUUGUGGUGUUCGUGGGCUCCCCAGUGCACUCGGAUGAGAAGGAGCUGGUCAAACUGGCUAAGAAAUUGAAAAAGGAGAAGGUAAAUUGCGACAUUGUCUCCUUUGGAGAGGACUCUGAAAACAAUCCUUUGCUGACUACUUUUGUCAAUACUCUGAAUGGAAAAGACAACACAGCAGGAGGCAGCCACCUUGUCUCGGUGCCGGCCGGCGGCUGCGUGGUGCUCUCUGAAGCUCUCAUUUCAAGCCCACUGAUUGGUGGUGAUGGGGCUGGUCCAUCUGGGUCAGGAUUGUCACCAUUUGAAUUUGGAGUUGAUCCUAAUGAAGAUCCCGAGUUAGCUCUCGCCCUAAGAGUCUCCAUGGAGGAGCAGAGGCAGCGCCAGGAGGAGGAGUCUAGGCGCCAACAAACUACUACUGAGGGUGAACCGGCUAAGACUGGUGGAGAAGCCCAAGACACUGGCAUGGAGCGGGCUCUAGCUAUGUCCCUGGGCAGGGAAGCCAUGGAACUGUCUGAAGAAGAGCAGAUUGCUUUGGCAAUGCAGAUGAGCAUGCAGCAAGAUGCUCCGGCCAAUGAAGAGAGUAUGGAUGUUUCGGAAGAGUAUGCUGAGGUAAUGAAUGAUCCUGCCUUCCUACAGAGUGUUCUAGAAAACCUGCCUGGUGUGGACCCGCAGAGUGAAGCCAUCCGCAAUGCCAUGUCCUCUAUCAAGAAGGAUAAGGAUGAGAAAGAUAAAGACCAAAAGGACAAGGACUCUAAGGGAUCAGGAAGCUCGAAAGAAAGCAAGUAAUAUUUUUUAAUUACUUUAUGUUUGUAAACUUAAUAAUAGACAACACAGUGUUAUAUUCCUUUAUAUUAAUAAAUACCAUUUGAGGAACA